UCACAACCAUAAGCAUUCAGCGGCAAGCCACACGCACAAAACUAAGAGAGUCCGGAACGCUAGCUGCAACGGCGACAUGAGUUCAUCGCGGGCUAGGAGGCACCUCAGAUCGGUUUACAAGCUCGUCCUGAGAAACUUGUUCCCCAUCACGGCUUUCCCAAUCGCAGCAGCAUCUACUGCAGCCGUCGUCUUUGUCGCGGCAAGUUUUGGGCCGCCCUAUGAAAUCGUCCGAGCUCUGAAGCCGGCCCACCUCUUCUUGGCCCGCUUCCUACCAGCCGCUGCCAUCGUCUACUACUUCCUGUGGCAAUGGCGAACGCGGCAGGUGUACCUCGUCGACUACGCCUGCUUCAGGGGCAGCCAUCAGAACCGCAUCCCAUCCGCCACUUUCCUGGAGCACAUGCGCCAGAUCCCCUCCUUGAGCGAGCGGAGCGUCCGUUUCCUGAUCCGGCUCCUCCACAGCUCGGGCCUCGGGGAGGAGACCUGCUUUCCUCCCGCGGCCGCGUACCUUUUCUUCCACGAGGAAUGCACGCUGGAGGCCAGCCGCGAGGAAGCCGAGGACGUCAUGUUCUCGGCCAUCGACGACCUCUUCGCCAAGACCGGCACCGCCCCGGAGUCCAUCGACAUACUCGUCUCCAAUUGCAGCUCCUUCACCCCCACGCCGUCCUUCCCUGACAUGAUCAUAAACAGGUACAAGAUGAGAAGUAACAUCCGUGCCCUGCACCUAUCCGGGAUGGGGUGCAGCGCCGGCCUGGUCGCCGUAGAGCUGGCAAGGAACCUCCUUCUGGCUUCGGCGGCGCCUGGUCGUCGAGCGUUGGUCGUGUCCACCGAGACACUGACGCCCAACUACUAUUUCGGGAACGAGCGAGCCAUGCUGCUCCCGUACUGCCUGUUCCGCAUGGGCGGGGCUGCCGUGCUCUUGUCCACGUCGCCCGCCAACGCCCGGUUCCGGCUCGGGCACGCCGUGCGCACGCUGACCGCUGCGGAUGACCGGUCGUACCGUUGCAUAUUCCAGGAGGAGGACGGGACGGGGAACAAGGGCGCCAAUCUCUCCAAGGACCUCCCGCGGGUCGCGGCGAGAACGCUCAAGGCCAACAUCACCGCCAUCGCGCCCCUCGUGCUCCCGGCCUCGGAGAAGAUUCUGUUCGCGCUGUCUUUCGUCUCAGGCAAGCUGUUCAACGGUGGCGGUACCGUUAGGGUCAAGUUGCGUGUCCCGGACAUGAAGGCGGCCUUCGAGCACUUCUGCAUCCACGCGGGCGGGCGCGCGGUGAUCGAUGAGGUUCAGCGCAGCCUCGGCCUAUCGGACGUGGACGCCGAACCGUCAAGGAUGACGUUGCAUCGCUUCGGGAACACGUCGAGUAGCUCCACGUGGUAUGAGCUAGCCUACGUCGAAGCCAAGGAUCGUAUGCGCGUGGGCGAUCGAGUGUGGAUGAUAGGGUUUGGCUCUGGGUUCAAGUGCACUAGCGUGGUGCUACAUUGCAUCGCUGCCCCAGACUGCAAGAUUAAUAAUGGGCCGUGGGCUAAGUGCAUCCAGCGCUAUCCAGUGCGCAUUUAAAUCGUUCCGUGACAACCGCAACAACGGUGCUUGAACGAUUAUGUACUCCUACUUCCCUAAAAAGGUGAAGUUUUGGAAGUAUUUGUUUACACAUGCACGAGCAAAAUAAGAAAAAAAAAUCAUAUUUAUCAAAAAAAAAGGAAAAUAAAAGAUUCAUUUUACCUCU